AUGUCCUGGAAAGAAGAAAACCGCCACAGGCGCAUUCUGCGCAAUGCCCACGCCGGCGGAUACGGCGUCAUCGCUGUCAUCGCCUAUAACCUCGAACAAAUCCUGGGAUACAUCCGAGCAGCCGAAACAGCGCGCUCGCCUCUAAUCAUACAAUUCUUUCCUUGGGCGGUGAAAACAACGGAUGGCUUGAUUGUGCGUACCGCUGCAGAUGCGGUCAGUCGUGCGACCGUGCCCAUCAGCAUCCAUCUCGACCAUGCGCAGUCGGAAGACAUCAUCAAGCAGGCGGCGGAUUUGCCAUUUGACAGUAUCAUGGUAGACAUGUCGCAUCAUGAGAAGGACGCCAACCUGCGAAAGACUCGCGAACUGGUGCGAUACUGCAAUGAGCGCCAGAAAGUCACCGAAGCUGAACCGGGUCGUAUUGAAGGAGGUGAAGACGGGGUCAUGGAUACGGCAGGGCUGGAGGCCUGUAUGACCACUGCAGAAGAGGUGAAUGAGUUUAUUGACACGGGCGUGGAUGUGCUUGCGCCGGCUAUUGGCAAUGUUCAUGGCGAAUAUGGUCCCCGUGGUCCGCAGUUGGAUUUUGAGCGAUUUGAGAAGAUUCGCAGUCAGGUCAAUGGGAGAGUAUGUUUGGCGAUUCAUGGUACGAAUGGGUUCCCGCCUGAGCUGAUACAGCGCUGCGUGACGGCUGGAGUGGCCAAGAUCAAUGUGAACCGGCUUGUGUUGGAUGAUUACUAUGAUCAUCUUCGAGAUAACGUGGGGAAGAUACCACAUACUCAGUUGAUUGAGGAGGGGAUUCAGAAAGUGGCGGAUUUGACGGCGAAGUGGAUGGAGAUCUGCGGGUCUGCGGGUAAGGCGUGA